AGAGAGAGAGAGAGAGCGAGAGACUGCUCGUUCCUCCGACUCCACCUUAUCUCUUCCCUCCCUCCCUCACCACAAACCUCCCUUAAUAAGACAAUUCAAUCCGAAGCUCCCCCCUCCCCAUAAACCCUAAAUCCCCCACUCUCUCUCUCUCUCUCCACUCUAUCCUCCAAUUGCUUCGUUCCCUCGGGCGAUAGACAGACCGAUUGCCAAUCCAUGGACUCCAAGCCAGUCGCUCCCGAGACGAACUCGCACUCCUCAGGUUCCUCUUCUUCUCCCUCCUCCUCCUCCUCCUCUCGUGAUUCCGAUUAUGCUCCUGCCGUUGUUGCCAGUCCCGUCAAGGUCGGUGGCGGCGGCGGUGACAGUCGCGAGUUCGGCAGCGACGGUGAGUCCGAGGACGGGGGGUUCGUGAGCGGGGAGGAGGAGUUCGAGGAGGCGGGGGCUGGCGGGGGAGCGGCCGAGAAGGCGAUUUACCUGGUGGAUGAUGGUUUUGGCGGUGUUGCGGACCCGGCGGUAACCGCGCCGGGGAGCUUCAGGCCGGUUGCUAAGGUGUCCAAUGAUGAUGAUGACGACGAUGAUGAGGAUGAGGUUGAUGAUGACGAGGAUGGCGGUUUUGGUGAACCGAAAGUGAAGGUUUUGGCUGGUGCUGUUGAAGGCGGUAACGAAUUGGGGUCGCUCGAGGGUGGUGUUUCUGCGAGUGGUGAUUUUGGGAAGGGUGUGGAAAGUAGAGAUUUUGAUUAUGGGGAGAGAGGGGUGUUCGCAGACAAGAGUUUAAGAGAAUUGGGGCAAUUGCUGGAGGCGAGUGGUGGUGACGAUGGCGGUGGUCAGGUAGGUGUGAAAGAGGUUUUGAUGGGUGUGAAAGAACAUAAAGCAAUUGAGAGUGGAGAUGUGAUUGAGGAGAGUGUUCAGGCUGGGGCUGAAACCAUGGCAGUUAGAUUGCAUCAGAGCAAUAAUGGACUGCAGAACAGCAUCAAUGAAGCCUUGGAACAGGUUCCUGGAAUGAAGAAAGAUGAUAUUCCUGGUGUUGGAAGAGAUGAAAUGCCAGAGACUGGCGUAGCAAUUGUUGAUCGAGCGACUGCAUAUUAUGAUCAGGAGGUGAAAAAAGACAUGCGAAUGGAGCCAGAAGCAGAAUCUGGACCCAAGCAUGAUGAACCUGCAACGAAAGCUGCUGAUUAUGGAGUCGAAAAUACAUUUAGUCAUUAUCCUGCUGAGAGAAAUGAAGUCAAGUCUCUUUCAUCGGACUCUGUGACUGGACAUGCAGAGCCUCGGCUUGAUGACAAGGGGAAACCUCUGGAGAAUAAUGAAACUAUUGCGCAAGUUGAGGGCCUUGGAGUGGAAACAGGGUUUCCAGUGCAAUCUCUCUCAUAUGACCAAGAUGUGUCUGUGGAACGUGGAGAUGAUAAUAAACUUCAGGUGGAUGAAGAUACUGACAUUGAAGGCUCGGAUACUGAUGGAGAAAAAGGAAGUAUGCUUUUUGAAAGCUCCCAAACUGCCAAACAGUUCUUGGAGGAACUGGAAAGAGGUGCUGGUUCUCAAUCUGGUGCUGAAAGUUCUCAUGAUCAUUCACACAGAAUUGAUGGUCAGAUUGUCACCGACUCUGAUGAAGAAGUCGACACUGACGAGGACGGUGAUGGUAAGGAGUUGUUUGAUUCAGCUGCUUUGGCUGCUCUGCUAAAAGCUGCAACAGGUGCUGAUACAGAUGGUGGAAGCAUCACUAUAACGUCCCAAGAUGGUUCGAGGCUAUUCUCUGUUGAGCGUCCUGCUGGGUUGGGUUCCUCCCUUAGGUCGGUGAAACCUGUCUCCCGACCGAACCGUUCUAGUCUUUUUACUUCUGAUCUGACUCCUGCGGAGUCUGACAACAAUCUGACUGAAGAAGAGAAGAAGAAACUUGAGAAGAUUCAGCAGUUGAGGGUCAAAUUCCUAAGGCUUGUGCAACGUGUAGGUUAUUCUCCAGAAGAUUCACUGGCAGCUCAAGUUCUGUACAGGUUGGCGCUUGUUGCUGGGAGGCAAGCUGGUCAAUCAUUUAGCCUCGACUCAGCGAAAAAGACGGCCUCCGAGCUUGAACUGGAAAAGAAAGAUGAUUUGAACUUCUCUUUGAACAUAUUGGUGCUCGGAAAAGCUGGAGUGGGCAAAAGUGCAACCAUAAACUCUCUUCUUGGUGAGGAUAAGGCAAUGAUCCAUGCGUUUGAACCGGCCACAACAGCAGUGAAAGAGAUAACUGGAACAGUUCAUGGAGUCAAGAUCAGGGUCUUUGACACUCCUGGUUUGAAAUCAUCUGCUAUGGAACAAAAUGAAAACCGUAGAAUCUUCUCUUCUAUAAAGAAGUUCACAAAGAAAUGCCCGCCAGAUAUCGUACUUUAUGUUGAUCGUCUUGACACCCAAACGAGAGACCUCAACGAUUUACCAUUGCUAAAAUCAAUCACCAGUGCCCUUGGCCCAUCAAUCUGGCGAAGUGCUGUUGUCACUCUUACCCAUGCUGCUUCUGCUCCACCAGAUGGACCAUCUGGUUCUCCACUUAGUUAUGACGUGUUUGUUGCUCAGCGUUCCCACGUUGUUCAGCAAUCUAUAGGGCAGGCUGUAGGUGAUUUACGCCUCAUGAAUCCAAGUUUGAUGAACCCAGUUUCUCUUGUGGAGAAUCAUUCAUCUUGUCGGAAGAAUCGAGAUGGUGAGAAGGUGCUCCCAAAUGGCCAAACCUGGCGGCCUCAAUUGCUAUUGUUGUGCUUCUCCAUGAAGAUUUUAGCAGAAGCAAGUUCUCUCUCAAAACCUCAAGACCCAUUCGAUCACCGCAAGCUGUUUGGUUUCCGUGUACGCUCGCCUCCACUUCCAUACUUGUUAUCCUGGUUGUUGCAGUCUCGCGCACACCCCAAACUCUCCUCUGAUCAGGGUCUGGAGAAUGGUGAUUCUGACGUUGAUAUGGCUUAUUCUUCUGAUUCGGAUGAAGAAGAUGAAGAGGAUGAGUAUGACCAGCUUCCUCCAUUUAAGCCACUGAGGAAAUCUCAAAUUGCUAAGCUUAGCAAGGAACAGAGAAAAGCAUAUUUUGAGGAGUAUGAUUACAGGGUGAAACUUCUGCAGAAGAAACAGUGGAGAGAGGAGCUGAAAAGAAUGAGAGAGAUUAAGAAGAAAGGAAAGGUUUCUCCUGAUGAGUAUGAUUAUAUGGGAGAGGAUGCUGAUCCAGAGGAUGGAAGUCCAGCUGCCGUGCCUGUUCCUUUGCAUGAUAUGGUUCUUCCACCUUCCUUUGACAGUGACAAUCCCGCUUACAGGUAUCGCUUUCUGGAGCCAACUUCACAGUUCAUAGCAAGGCCCGUUCUGGACACACAUGGUUGGGAUCAUGAUUGUGGUUAUGAUGGGGUAAACCUUGAGCAUAGUCUAGCUAUUGCCAGUCAAUUCCCUGGAGCAGUUGCACUGCAGAUCACCAAAGACAAGAAAGAAUUCAACAUCCACUUGGAUUCUUCACUUGCUGCCAAGCACGGCGACAAUGGGUCAACCAUGGCAGGUUUCGACAUCCAAAAUAUUGGCAAACAACUUGCCUACAUUGUCCGUGGGGACACUAAAUUCAAGAACUUCAAAAAGAACAAGACUGCUGCUGGCUUUUCCGUUACAUUUUUAGGCGAGAACAUAGCCACUGGUUUUAAAGUUGAGGACCAGAUUGCCCUUGGAAAGCGUGUGAUGCUGGUGGGUAGUGCUGGAACUGUUAGAUCUAACAGUGAUGCGGCAUAUGGAGCCAAUCUCGAAGUGCGGCUCAGGGAGGCAGACUUCCCAGUGGGCCAGGAUCAGUCUUCUUUGAGCUUGUCCCUUGUGAAGUGGAGAGGAGAUCUUGCAUUAGGUGCUAAUUUGCAGUCGCAGUUUUCUGUUGGACGAAGUUCUAAGAUUGCGGUACGUGCUGGAUUAAACAACAAGCUAAGUGGACAAAUCACAGUUCGUACCAGCAGCUCCGAGCAGCUUCAGAUUGCACUCGUGGGUAUCCUUCCCAUUGUGACAGCCAUCUAUAAGAGCCUCCGCCCUGGGGUUAGUGAGACUUACCCAAUUUACUAGCCCAGUAUUGAAAUGCCAUGCCAGGCCUUAAUUUUGCAGCUCAUUUGUUGGGUCUCAUGUACUUUUCUUACUUGGAACUCUCCCUGUUUCGUUCAUUUAUAUUACUUGAUAGUUUAUAUCAAGUUGAGAUGGAUUAUUGACGAAAAUCAAAUAAUAUUGUCUUCUCUUGAAA